AUGUGUCAGAUUAUUAUGCAUAACAAAGUCAAUGUCUCUGUGGUGCUCUCUCCCUUUCACCCUAUCCGCUGGCCUAAUAUUACUGAUAUCUUGACAGUAGAAGACUUUUCAGGAAGCAAACAAAAAUGUGUGGAAUACAUACUCUAUGCAACAAUAAUAGUUACUAAAUUGACUAUAGAAGGUCUUUUCUAUUUUGGUGUAGUGAAGGUCACCAGUGCCUACUGCCUUGGAUUGUAUACUGUAAAUUCAGUAUAUGGAGAAACCAUUGUUAUGCCUUGCCGUCUGGAAGUACCUCAGACCCUUAUGUUUGGAAAAUGGAAAUAUGAAAAGCCUGAUGGCAGCCCAGUAUUUAUUGCCUUCCGAUCUUCUACAAGAAAACAUGUGCAAUAUGAUGAAGUACCCGAAUACAAAGACAGAUUGAGCCUCUCGGAAAACUACACCUUAUCCAUCAGUCAUGCAAGGAUCAGUGAUGAAAAGAGAUUUGUGUGCAUGCUAGUUACAGAGGACAAUGUGUUCGAGGCCCCGACAGUGGUCAAGGUGUUCAAGCAACCAUCUAAACCUGAAAUUGUAAAUAAAGCACAAUUCUUGGAAACAGAACAACUGAAAAAGUUGGGUGAUUGUGUUUCAAAAGACAGUUAUCCAGAUGUCAACAUUACAUGGUACCGGAAUGGAAAGAUUUUGGAUCCUUCAGAAGAUAUGGUCACAGCUUUACAAAGACAAGUGGAUCCAGCAACUCAACUCUUUACUGUAACAUCAUCUCUAACAUACAAGACCACAAAAAAUGACAUAAAGAUACCAUUUACAUGUUCUGUGACAUAUUAUGGCCCAUCUGGCCAAAAAACAAUUCAUUCUGAUCAAGCUUUCUUUGAUAUCUACUAUCCCACAGAGAAGGUGACAAUUCAAGUCCUGCCACCCAAAAACGCCAUUAAAGAAGGAGACAACAUCACUCUAAAAUGCUUAGGAAAUGGUAACCCCCCUCCAGAGGAGUUUUUGUUUUACCUCCCAGGACAGCCAGAAGGUAUAAGAAGCUCAAAUACUUACGUAUUGACAGAUGUAAGACGAAAUGCGACAGGAGACUACAAAUGCUCUCUAACAGAUGAAAAAAGUAUGAUUGCUGCCACAACCAUCACAGUGCACUAUUUGGAUUUGUCCCUUAACCCAAGUGGGGAAGUAACUAAGCAGAUUGGCGAUGCUCUUCCUGUGACAUGUACUAUAUCUUCUAGUAGGAAUGCAACUGUUGUUUGGUUGAAAGAUAAUACCAAGCUGCGGUCUAGGCCAUCAUUUUCCAGUCUACAGUAUCAGGAUGCUGGGAACUAUGUCUGUGAAACCAAUCUGCAAGAAGUUGAAGGGUUAAAGAAAAGAGAAUCUCUGACUCUAAUUGUGGAAGGAAAACCUCAAAUUAAAAUGACAAAGAAAACUGAUCCAAAUGGAUUGUCUAAAACAAUUACCUGCCACGUGGAAGGUUUUCCCAAGCCGGCUGUCCAGUGGACAAUUACAGGCAGUGGAAGCGUCAUAAACCAAACGGAGGAGUCCCCUUAUGUCAAUGGCAGGUAUUAUAGUAAAAUUAUCAUUUCUCCUGAAGAGAAUGUUACAUUAACUUGCACAGCAGAAAACCAGCUGGAGAGAACAGUAAACUCCUUGAAUGUCUCUGCUAUCAGUAUUCCAGAACAAGAUGAGGCAGACGAUUUAAGUGAUGAAAAUAAAGAAAAAGUAAAUGACCAAGCCAAGUUAAUUGUGGGUAUUGUCGUCGGCCUUCUCCUCGCUGCUCUUGUUGCUGGUAUAGUCUACUGGCUGUACAUGAAGAAAUCAAAUUACUCACCUAAACCCUGCCCCCAAAGUGACAUCAAUGGAAAGUCUGAGAAGGCAGCAGCACAGAAGUUUCAAACCCACUUGAGGCAAGACAAUAUUUUUUCUUUCUGUAUGUUGUGGUUGAUAGACACUUUUUGUGAUCCCAUUGGAGAAUAG